AUGGCGCGAACCAACCGGUAUAUAAGGAAGAGUCUGUCAGUGAUGCGGUACGUGCGCGUAAAAAAUUUGCCGUCGUGGGUCACGCAGGAGAAUAUUUUUGGGUACCUGGUAGGAAUGGCCAACGGUGUAUUUAGCGUCAAAAUGGACAAGCAGCUCGGUGUCUGCUUCGUCGAAUGCCUUAAUCCGUCUGUCGCAGACAGAGUCAUUCAGGUUCUUACAGGUAAUAUAUGCAAAAAGAUUCCGCUAAUCAAUUAUGCUCUGAUUAAGCAUUCGGAUGAAGUUAAAGAACGCUAG